GCGGAGAGGCUGGCCUCAGUCGGCCGCGACAUUCGGUCCGCGAUACGAUUCGCCGUUAUCUCGGUCCCGUCUCAACCGAACUCGAGUCGAACGAAGCGGUGCGCGCCGGCAUUCGGCGACGAGUGAGCAACGGUGAGCAAAAUUUUCGGGAUCGAACUCGUCCGUCGAAGGGGAGAGAUGACGAGAGACGUUUCGACGUGUUGACAAACCGUCACCGCCUUUUCCUUCUUCGCCCACGAAGGGUUCGCGAGAACGGUGGCGCGACACCCGCGCGAACGACGAACUAGAAAUGUGCGAAACGUGAACGGAAUCGUUACUCUACGCUAAGGUCGUCGUUUCCCGUUGCUGGGAUACUUUGUGCCGGGGAAUCGAGCGAACUGGAACGUGGCCAACGAAAGCAAACGUUGCGGGACGUUGGAUGGAUGGAUGGAUAGAUAGAUAGGACAGAUUCCCGGGUUUCGCUGACAUCCAACCAUCUAUACAAUAUCAAACCACCACGUGGCUCGAGGGAAUCCGAUCUUCUCUCUCACCCCCCGUACCUUCCUUCUCCCCUCUUCCCUCCCUUAUUCCCGACGCGGGCCAUCGAAAAUUCGCCCAUCUGGAUGUCUCGAACGUGGCCACCGACGACACAUCUAUCUCGUUCGAUCGAGGAAACGAGGAAACGAGGUUGCGCGUCGCGGUCGCGCGAUGCAUCGCUGACAAACUUUUGAGAUUUUUCUCGAUCUCGAUCUCGAUCUCUCGGACGAUAAGAUGUAAGGGUGAAUCGAGGAUUCACGGGAAGAAGACGAAGAAAUGGCGCGGUACGACAGGAGGCUGUUGUUAAUCCCGAUCCUCGUGAUAGCUUGCGCGGUGUUGGCGUCCGAGGCGUCCAAGCACCGUCCCAACGAGGACGCCGCGUACGACGCGAGGCACAGGCACAGGCACAGGCACGAGCAAUCCUCCUCCACCUCCUCCACCUCCUCCUCAUCCUCGAGGAGGAAUCGUCAUGACCUCGUGGACAGGCGAUCGUCGUCCUGGUCGCAGGAGCUCGACUACUACGAGGACGACUCGUCGUUCCUCGACCGGGAGGAGCAUCGAGCGGGCGAGGGGGGGGAGGAGAGGAGGAAGCGGAGGAGGAAGGAGGAGGAGGAGGAGGACGAGGAGGAGGAAGUAGAAGUAGAGGACGACGACGCUCAUCCGUAUCACGAGAGAUCGUAUCCACGGAUCUCGAGGACCCACGGGCGGAUGUUGGCGGCGCGUUACCCGGCCAGGUAUCGGCGAGGCGGUUAUCGCGAGGCGGCCGCCUGGUACCACGAGAAGAACGAGAGGCGCAGAGGAUACGGGGAUCGAGCGUAUCCCAGGCAUCCGAGAUUCGAAGACAGAUCUCGACGAAGGUUGAGGAGUCGCGGCGAGCCGGACUAUUACGAGGACGAGGUCGAUUACGAGUCGGCCAAGCCGCCGAGCCACGACCACAACGAGGAUAUCCUGCUCGAGAAGCAUAGAUCCUGGUGGAGGAACGUGGCGGGCAGGAAGCAGAGGAGGCUCGCCGUCUCGAGCCACGGUUGGCGCCCCCACGAAGCUAGAAGGAAGAGAUACCGUCAUCCCGACGAGGCCGCGUCGAGGAGGCACGAGGACUCGAUACGAAGGAGAUUCAAUUCCACCGGCCGCUACUCGAAAACGGAUGGAAAGAGAACCGGUUAUUUCGGAGACUACGAGUAUCGUAGUGGCGUAGACGAGGUGGACGACGUGGACGACGAUCUACGGGAAGAGCAAGAGGAGGAGGAGGAGGAGGAGGAGGAGGAAGAGGAGGAGGAGGAGGAGGAGGAGGACGAGGAGGAGGACGAGGGAUACGGGAAGGAUGGGAGCGAGGAUCGAAACGAGGGAGAGGAGGAGGAGGAGGAGGAGGAGGAGCUGGACAAUGAUUUUUACAAGAGCGAGAAGAAGAGGAAGAGGAAGAAGUCACCGUUGAAAACUUACGACGAGAUCAUACGAAAGUUGACGUCCGACGAUCCGACCACGCCGAGGUCCGCCAUCAAGAGGGAUUACAGGAACAUACAGAUGGACAAGUACGCGAGACGCGACGGGUCGUUUUCGGCCAAUUUCCGAUACGAGCCCAAGAAUCUGACCAGGCCGUUGCUGUCGCGCGUACACGGGACGAGAAACUCGUCCGGUUAUUAUUACCAGCAAUCUCUGCACGGGGCGAGCGGUGAAAAUUUGGCCGGCUAUCUGUCGACCGGCACGCUGGUGGAGCGGAAAAAGGGCGCGGAGAACAAUGCCGCCAGGGCCUCGUCGAGGGUGGACGAUAGUCAACCGAAGACCAAGAGUCUGGAACAGGAUUACGACGAGUACCUGAACACGUCGGACAACGAGAAGGAAGAGGAAGAGAAGGCUGGGGGAGUCGAGGACGCGGGCACGCAAGCGGACGUCGCUAAUACGGACUACGCCGAGGACGAGGACGAGAACGAAGACGAGACCUCAGCCUCGACCACCCUGUCGAAAAUGAUGAGCAGCAGCUCGACGACCACCACAACGACCAGCACCACCACCACCACCACCACGGCCAGGCCUGUGGUUACUCAGAAUUACGAUUAUCGGGACCCGAGAGCGUACGAGGGUGAUCGUGGUGGGACAGGAGCGCAGUACAACGGGUACCAAUCGAGGAACGACUAUCCCCCGAUGUCGGCGCACAGCGUUCACAAGUGGCAGACUCUGGGCACUCGAGAGAGCGUCAAAGAAACCAGGGGCAACAUGCAGCAAUAUAAUAAGAACGGGAAGACGGCGGAAAUCCGAGAGGCUCUUCAACACGCGAUCAAGGUGUCGCGGGAGGGGAGCUGCCAGUGGCCACGGCCAAGGGUGAUUCCAGUUCGCGACGUGUACCCGAGCCCGUCGACCACCUACGUCCCGCACUGCGCCAUCUUGCACAGGUGCUCGGACGACACCGGGUGCUGCAGAUCGGAAGCCCUCACCUGCGUGCCCAAGCACUCGCAUCGAGUCGAGCUUUCCUUCUACACCACGAAUGUGGGUGGCGGUAGCGUGGUGGAGAAAUUGUCUUUCUACAAUCACACGGAAUGCGAGUGCCGAGAGAGAACCGAGUACGACGCGAGCAACGAGAAAUCCUUGGAGCACAGAGUCUACAGACACCAUCCGUCCUCCUCGCAGCCUCAAAACAUGAGAAGGGCACAGCCGAGAAAACCGUGCCGGUGUCCCUCGGAAUUCACACCGAGGAUCACCGUCGAUGGCGUGUGCCAGUGCAACUGUUACGAGAACCGUCAAAACUGCAUCAAGAUCCGACGAGGGAAAGGUUACUUCUCCCUCGCUGAUAGAUUGUGUAUACAGAACGAAGAGUGCGCGAUGCCUAGCUGCGAAUUUGGCGAAUACAUGAGGCGACAAGGCAAGUGUCCCAGGAAAAAGGACAAAUUCGACACGAUUGUUAAUCAUUACACGAACCAUCACCGGUACAGGAGCUAGAGGGAGGUAGGAAGAACGAGAAUAAUCGUGCCAGUGGGAAGAAGAAGAAGAAGAAGAAGCCAUGGAGGAAGAGGAAGAACGUGAAAAAAGCGCGACGAAUAAUCAACGGUGCCAUUUUCCUUUCCCAGUGCCUUUUGCGAAAGACUCGAUAUAUACAUAUGUAUAUGUAAUAAUACUCUUCGAAUCAAUUUACAUGUAUUUUCACCCCGGACAUUACCGCCAUUAUAUUUUUCUACUGCUAUCGUAAUUAAUAAAUCGAAAAAGAGGUACUUUGAUCGAAACGCGAAGGUUCGUCGAGUGGUUCGAGAUUAUCGCAUCCCCUCGUGUUAAUUCUGUCUUCCUUUGAUACUUCGAUCGGUGAAAUUUCGUCGUUUCGAUCCCAAUUCAACGUGUGGAUUCAAACGUGUCGAAUCUUUCGAUCUUUGUAAAUCGUGAAUAAUCGUGAUUUGCUCGGCUAAAACUUGUUACAGAUCUGAGAGAGGGAUGGAAUUACUCUUGAUAUAAUAAUAGACUCUAUUGUCAUAGGACGACGAGCCUAGUCCGAGAUCCUGUCUCCAUUCUGCGCCAGACGAUUCCCCUCGAGAGUUCGAUGAACUUAUACAGUCAAUCGCCCGUGCGAAGGACACCGACGGUCGUAUACCAAAGCGAGGAAAUAUAGUAAACGCGAGAAGUAAUUGCGCGCAAACUUAACGUAAAUCUCUCGAUAUUCUCCUACGAUUUUAUGUUCACGCGUAAAUGUGCAAGAGAUACUUGUGUUCAUCGAAGAACAAAUCGAAAGAAGCGAAAAACGAACGAUACGAACCGAACGCGUACAAGCGAGAGAUAUAAAUAACAUUUUUUCCCGAUGAACCCACCGUAGGAUCAUCGCCUAUCUGUACAGAUGAUGGAUCUUGCGAGUAUACGAGAUGAGAAUAUUGUAAGUUAAGUAUACGAGAAGAAAAAGAAGAGAAAGGAAAAGAAAGGAAGUAAAAGUACGAGUUGUCCGAUCGCAUCCUUCGAAUCGUGAGUGUUUCGUAUCGUAUUCUCCUAAUCGUGUUUUCUACGCUUUAUUAUCGUAGUAUGUACUUAUGUACUUACGUAUCUAAUAGCCAACUUAAUCGUGAAACCGAUUUGACAGCUUGCCCAGCAUUUACGAGCCAAUCGAAACAUCGUGUACAAUUGUGUAUACAUCGUGUAUAGAUUUACGUUUUAAGAUUUUACUUGCAUUGAUUUUUCAUUUUCGAUUACUUUUAUGCACGUUCAUUUUCAUAUUAUGCGAAAUAUAAAACAAAUACAAAUUCGUACGGAUGGCGUUCAAUCGUGUCAUUUUCCGCGCAAUCACCAAUUUUUUUUUUAAUUUUGAUCUAUCUAUGAUCCAAUGUACGUGAUAAAUCAAAGGCGUUCUUUCAUUUUUUUCUGCCUAAUUUUCUACUAUCGAUCGUGAAAAUGUACAGAACGCCGUUUAACAUUCAGCUUGCUGUUGUACUCGCUACCAAUUCUAGCCAAUAUACAUAUAUGUAUACAUAUAUAAAUAUAGACGUAGUCAAUAAACCAAUAAAGUUGUAUAAAAAGA